UCCUGAAUCCUGAUAACUUCUUUGGACCAUUCUUAAAACGAGUGGCUGUCUUCUUGACCCGAAUCAUCUGAAAAAAGGUAAGGGAAGGGAGCCAUGGCCCCAAAAAUUCAUCACCAAGAAACUAACCAUGGCCACCGCUUUAUCUCUCUCUAGUUCCUCUCUCUGGCACCACUACUGCAAACCCACUUCAAGAAUCGCCUUGGGCUUCAAACUCAAAUCCACACUAUCAACCACAAUCACCAUGUCAGCUGCCCCCGGCACCACCACAAAGGUUUUGCCCGCUGUUAUAGUAGGCGGCGGGCGAGUGGGGAAAGCCCUUCAAGACAUGGGCAAUGGCGAAGAUGUGUUAGUGAAGAGGGGCGAACCGGUCCCCCUUGACUUUCCCGGUCCCAUCUUGGUCUGUACCAGAAAUGAUGAUCUUGAAGCAGUACUAGAAGCCACCCCCAAGUCUCGUUGGAGCGAUUUGGUAUUUUUCCAGAACGGAAUGCUGGAGCCAUGGUUCCAAAGCAAAGGUCUUGGUGAUGCCGACCAAGUUUUGGCAUACUUUGCAGUAGCUAAACUUGGUGAGCCCCCUACCGAUGGUAAAACCGAUACAAACCCCGAAGGCUUAACAGCAGCUUAUGGGAAAUGGGCAUCUGCAGUUGCUUCAAGAUUACUUGCUGGAGGCCUUUCUUGCAAGGUCCUUGACAAAGAGGCAUUCGAGAAGCAAAUGUUGGAAAAACUUAUAUGGAUAUGUGCAUUCAUGCUUGUUGGAGCUCGCCAUCCCGGAGCAACUGUUGGUGCUGUUGAAAAGGAAUACCGCUCUGAGGUAUCAAGCCUUAUUGCUGAGCUAGCAGCAGCUGCAGCUGCAGAGAAAGGCGUAGUGUUUGAAGAAGCUAUGGAGGAUAGGCUAUGCGCUUACUCACGGGCAGUUGCCCACUUCCCAACAGCCGUUAAGGAGUUCCAAUGGAGAAACGGUUGGUUCUAUGCGCUGUCGGAGAAGGCACUUGCUGCAGGAAAGCCAGAUCCAUGUCCAUUACACACUGCAUGGCUCAAGGAAAUAAAAGUUGUAUAGAAUAUAAUUGUGUGCUUUGAUAUAGAGCUGCAAUUUCCUGUGAUCUUUGAGGAUGUAAAUUUGAAGUUUGAUCUUUGGAAGAAUAAGAAUGAAGACUAAGGUCCUCUUUGGUAAA